AUGGCAGAUAGAUUAACUAGGGUGAUUAAUUUAGCUUCGAAGGUCUCUGCCUUCGUUAUUCAGGAAACUUCACCAAGAUUAAUUAAGUUUCGAGAAUAUGCAAGGGUGGAACUAAGGCCACCAACACAAGCAGAUCUCAAGCCAGCAGUCGAACAAGCAACAAAACUGAUUUGUGCAUUCAAAAGUGGUGCUUGGAAAAAUGUGUCCGUUAAGGGACUUUUACAUUUUGUUGCCGUUGUACGUAAAAAUACAUUCAAGUCUUUGACGCGCAAUGACUUGGAAAUAUACUAUGUUCAAAUGGAACCGACUACUGGAGAACUUUUUGUCGCCUAUCAGUAUAAACGGUUGUUACGUGUUGCGAGUCAGUUUGGUUAGGUGACCAUCAUGCACACUGAAAAUUUUGGUCCUGAGAAUGUAAAACUACGGUACCAAAUCGUGGAGUCCCUAAAUAGUAAGUACCCGAAUUUAGUGGAAUUCUGGCAAUGUGAAUCAAUGGUUACUUUCUGAUUUGUGCCGAGUUUCCCUUUUACCACAUAUGAGGUAUAACAGCUUGACAGUGUGACAAAAAUUACGUGUAUCAUCGGAGUUAACUUACUGAAUAAAUGGUAAAAUCAGAUGACUGUGAGUAGAUGUCAUGAGGAAUUAGAUUUGUAAAUUUUCUUAACUCUACAAACAGAUUACAAACAAGCAUUGGAUUUUGUGGAGAAUGUAGAAUUUUAAUUGUUUAGAUUACGAACUGAUCAUAGAUCACGAUUGAAAGCCGUAAAUGGCCGUUUCAUCCUAGUUUGGGACCACUGAUUCUAAGUUCAGCAGUGGUAAUGUCUAACUCUAGUCGACUCUACAAUCUCCACAAAAUCCUAUACUUAAAAUGAUCAUGUACUUACCAGUGAAUAGCUUCAAGGUGCAAACCCUUGAGUCUUACUGACAGGCCGUGAUCAGUGUGAGUUAUCCACAUCAGGCGAUGGAGAGGGUUUGACAGUAUAGUGGAUCAGUUGAAGCUAGACAUCGUUCGAUGGAGGCUCGGUGAUAUAUGGACGAGGUGUUUGCGUGCUAAGUGCUGGGUUCGAUUCCCGUGUACGGGCCGUGGGUGCGCGCUGCUGCGGAGUACCAUGCUAUGACGGAGAUGCCGUCCAGUGCUUCCAAAUUUCCAGUGGUGGUCUAGUUAAGGUCAUUUCGUUAUUUGAACUGUGACAAACUUCACUAGUUGUUGACCUGGCAAAACUAGUUCCUUAAAUAGUCCCUAAUAUCUAUCCAGUUCUGCUGCUUGCUUUCGUUGUCUACUAUAGCUGAACCAGUGAAAAUCGCACUCGACCUACUCCUAAGUUGUUAUCAUGCUUGGAGUCUUGUGCGAUGAGUUCUUGAGAAUGCAUUGGUUCGAAAACCGUUCAAAUCCAACCUAACGUUGGGUAAUGGGUUCUAGGACUUUCAAACACGGUAUUAGGCGAAGAAUACAGAAAGCUCAUAUCUAGAUCUGAUUAUUUAGAGUACAGGCCAUAUAUUGUGAAACCAUAAACUGGAAAAAGGUGCGUAUGUUAGAUGUAAUGUAUGUCUAGUGACCUGAAGUUUAAAAAGGAUGUGCGUGGCGCAUCCGCUUUGUAAUUUACGGUGAGCACCUAGUUGUAAAAACAUAUAUUCAGGUACUAGACCUAAUCACAAACAUGUUUGGCAAGAAGUAUUUUGUUCUGCUCUACUUAUCGUGAAAUCAAGAUCUGUUUCACACAGGCUAGAGAAAUGAUGUUUCAGAAAUUCUUCGACACUUAAUUACAUGUAGCUUUUAGAACAGGAAGUUUAGAAAAAUCCAUUCCUCCGAAACUUACAGUAACUUCAGGUUGAGAACAUCUGCAGUUUAGAAGGGUCUAAAGUCACACAGUCGAAAUGUGUAGUUUGGAAAACAACACUAUGAUGAUUCAUUACCAUGGAUCUAGAUUUUCGCCAUACGAACUUCAAUUAGUGAAGCCCAUCCAUUUCCGGGAGAUAGGACGACUUUUUCACGGUUUGAUCUUCCAUCACAAGUUUGAUCUCACUAACCAGCUGUGUAAAUCCAGAUGAUGAACUUAGUAAUUCAGGUUGGAAAGUUAAAUUCGCAAGUGCGACUGACUAUUUUGGUAUGAUUAUCAGUUAAGACCUAACAAGUGAUAUAUACAGUGACAAUAAUAUGAAAUAUGUUGCGUAAUCGUGUAAACAGGAUAAAACCUGAAGUAUGCUGGAUAAAGCAACGGCUUUUUCUCCAAUGGAAUCACAGAUGACUGGUUAUGCCAGAGAAGCGGACUGUCACUUACAUGAUAAGCAACAGAAAAAACGCUAGUGGUCAUAUUAAAGGCGGUGAAAUUAUAGCUUAUUUGAGACCCAAGCAUAACAUUUACUCGUAACUCCGAUUUGCGUCAGAGAUAUUAGGGAGUAUUUAUAAGUAACAUGAACGCAUGUUUAUAGUUCUUCAUUCAUAGUUUCGUUAUGUUAAAAUGUUCUUGUUAUGUCCGAUAAGAAUAAAGAAUGGCAACUUCUGGGAUCCAUUUAUGGACAAAUAAUAUGUGCAUAUUUUUAUCGUAUAAUUGUUAAGUAACUAAACUGUUGAUAUUCAUGUCCCUCUUAUUACAAGCUUUAUUUCGAUCUAUUAUUAUACGACCUACCAUUCUUGAAUUAUGCCCUGUUUAUUAAUUACUACCUCCCCUAUUCACAGCCACAUUUGGCUAAUUCUUGUACUAAUGUUAUUUUCUAUUUUAUGCUACGUUGUGGUCUGUCUGGUUGGUAUGUAAACCCAGCAUGCUUGGAAUAAGUGAUUCAUAUUGCAGAGGCUGAGAUUGGUGUUCUGGACUCAACUGGCUAGGCUAGGCAGAAAGCAGGACCAAUAAGGACUCUAGACUGGCCGUACAGGUUUUAUGCGUCACUGGUCCGGUCGAUAAUUCACUGCUCUCUAGUUGGCGUUAUCGGCUCCUUUAGGGCCUCUGGAGGCUUCUUUGUGGUUCUCAAGGACCGGCGACGUCAGGAUGUCAAGUCCCCGUAGAUACUUGUUGAGCUAUCAACCAACAGUUGGAAGUUAACCACACGUAUUCGACUUCUACAAAUGAUUAGUCAAUCACCUUUCCAACUACUCAGUCAUUCGACAUUAUUUCCGUAGUCAUCUACGAAAUUAUAAUUACACCACUACUCCAUUAAUUAUCGUUACUGUAAAUUAUUCAUAUUAAAAUUCAGAGCUAUGAAGAAAAACUAGUUGGAAAGAAAUGCCUCUUUGCUCUAUUCAUAUUUUACUGUAUAUUCGAAUUAGAAUUUUUACUGUUCUAACGAUUAUCUUUAAAUCCAUCCACAGUACCUUUGGGACACUGAGAGUUUGGC